AUGGGUCUCGCAUUCUCAAAACUGUUUGACCGACUAUGGGGAAAGAAAGAGAUGAGAAUUUUGAUGGUUGGUCUUGAUGCUGCCGGCAAGACUACCAUUCUGUACAAGCUCAAGCUUGGUGAAAUUGUCACCACCAUUCCCACCAUCGGAUUCAACGUUGAAACCGUCGAAUACAAGAACAUCCAAUUCACAGUUUGGGACGUUGGUGGGCAAGAUAAAAUUCGACCUCUGUGGAGGCAUUACUUCCAGAACACCCAGGGCAUCAUCUUCGUGGUCGACUCCAACGAUCGAGAUCGUAUCGUUGAGGCACGUGAGGAACUGCAACGCAUGCUCAACGAGGAUGAGCUGCGUGACGCCUUGCUCUUGGUCUUCGCCAACAAGCAGGAUCUACCCAACGCCAUGAAUGCUGCCGAAAUCACCGACAAGCUUGGUCUGCAUAGUCUCCGACAACGCGCCUGGUAUAUUCAAUCCACCUGCGCUACCUCUGGUGAUGGUCUCUACGAGGGACUUGAAUGGUUGAGCAACUCGCUCCGCAAAGCCGGUCACUCUUGA